AUGGCCGCCGCACUGAAGGGUCUGAACAUAGUGGUCUGCGGCAGCGGCAACGGAGCCCAAGCUGCUGCCGGCCUGCUCGCGUCCCAAGGCCACGCAGUCAACGUCCUCCUCGGCGCCCGAUAUGCCGCCCGCGCCGCCGACCUCGCUGCGGCGCUCGCCGCCGCCGGCGGUGACAUCACCGUCUCCUCCCCCGCCGGCGAGGCCCGCGGCCGCGUCGCCGGCGUCACCAGCCACGCGGCGUCGGUGACGCCAGGCGCCGACGUCGUGGUCGUGUCGCUGCCCGGCCCGGCCAUCCCCGGUAUGCUCGCUGAGCUGGCGCCGCAUCUGGGGCCCCACCAGCUAGUCCUGCUGCUAAUGGGCACCGGCCCCGCCAACUACAUGUCGCUCGCGGACGCCGUCGCCGCCGCUCAAGGCCCCGGCGCCCCCCUCCCGGUCUACGCCGCCGCCAAGACCCUCCCCUGGGCCUGCCGCCUCGUCGGCCCCGGCCGCGUGCGCGUCGGCGGCGCCAAGACGGCGCUAACGUUUGCGGCAGCGCCGGGCGCGCCUGCCCUGCUGAAGGCGAUGCUGCCGCCGCUGCUCGGGAGCCUGUUCCCUGGGACCGCUUUCGAGCUGGAGGACUCCCCGCUUGAGGGCGUGCUGGGCAUCCCCUAUGGCCUCAUGCUGAACCCCAUUGUGCACCCCGGCGUCAUGUACGGCACCUGGGCCGACUGGGACGGCACUCCCCUGCCCGAGGCGCCAUUGUUCUACCACGCCGCCACCCCCACCGCCGCCGAUGCCAUCGACGGCUUGGCCGCCGACGCGCGCGCCGUGGUUGGCGCGCUGUGCGAAGCUCUCGGCGUGAACUUCCCGGCUGGCAUCACGGACCCCAGGAGCACCCUGGCCGGCAUGUACCGCGGCCAGGUCGACGAUGACUCGACCACGCUGAGCCUGCUGAGGACCAACGCCGCCUACGCCGGCGUGCGUCACCCGAUGGCCGCGUCACCCGCUGCACCCGGUGACACCGCCGUCACCGGCGGCGGCCUGGUGCCCGACUUCUCGUCGCGGCUGCUGACGGAGGACCUGCCGUGCGGCCUGGUGCCGCUGCGGGGCGUGGCUGAGAUCCUGGGUGUGGCCACGCCCUGGGUGGACCGGGUCAUCACGUGGGCGCAGGGCGUGAUGGGCAGGGAGUACCUCGUGGGCGGCAAGCUGGCCGGCCACGACGUCGCCUCGAGCGACGCGCCGCAGCGGUUCGGCGCGCGUACGGUAGAGGAGCUCGCGCUCACAGCUGCGCGGCCGGCGGGCGGGCUUGCGACGGCGGCCGAGGCGGCGCCAGCGCCUGCUGAGCUGGCGUCGGAGUUCUGGGAGGAGCCCAUUUCGCAGACGCUGUCUGUCCGCGCCCCGUCCGUCGGCGCGGAGGGCUUCGGGACCGCGUUUGCCCUGGACAUGCCCUCCGCCGAGAGGGCGCCGCACCUCCUCCCUGGCAGGCUGCUGAACAAGGCGUGCUCGGUGAUCGUGGCGUCGGCGAAGCCCCCGCUGGGCGCACCCGUGCGUCGCCUCAACCGCUCGGUGACGCUGCCCACCCUGGCCGCCGCGAUGUGA